AAAAAGUGAGCUUUUUAUUUUACAUUAAUAAAAAUGACAAAGAAGAAAGUUGAUGAUCUGUUCUUCCUUUUAUUUUGUGAAAAAAAUUCUGAUGGGACUAAACAUUUAAGGCUGAAAGGCAAAGAACUUUUUCAGAGAUUCGGAAGAAGACUAACCCAAGAUGACAUGUAUCCUCUGGCAGAUUUUUUGAAAAAACAUGAAGAAAUAAUUUCACUAGACCUUUGCUACAAUAACAUUGGUGAUGAAGGUAUUACAAUACUUGCUAAAGAGUACUUUGCACAUCCAAAAGGUGCAAACUUGCAAUAUUUAAAUCUGUUACACUGUGACUUAGGACCAAACGGAUUAGCUUAUUUGUCUUCUUUGAAGCAUUUAAAACUUAAAAUGAUCAGACUGCUUGGGAAUAAACUAGGACCAGAGGGCGCGCGUUAUAUUGGUCGUCUAAUAGAAAAUUUCCGUACCCUUGAAACCCUUGACAUAGGAGAAACCGACUUAACUCUUGAAAGCGUCGAAUGCCUACUAAUGGUGAUAGAAAAGAGUUUAUUAAAAUCUUUAAAUAUGUCAAGAAUAGUUCCGAACUCUUAUUAUUCAAAAUACGACGAUAGCACUUUGGCUGAUGAUUUAGGUAUUCUUUUAAAACUGAACACUUCUCUGGAGGUUUUAAGGGCUCAAAAAUGUGAAUUUGAUGGACAUGAUAUGGAGAUGUUAUUGGGCGGGUUACGAGUACAUACCAAUUUAAGUCUGCUGGAUUUAGCUGCUAAUAGAAUUGGUAAUCAUGGCGUAGAAAUAUUAACUCAAUGGUUACGAACAAGACCCAAACUUACGGCUCUAAGAAUCGCUUCAAACGGCAUUACCACUCGCGGUGCCAAAGCCCUUAGCAUACAUUUGCCGUUUUCCCGUAUACGACUUCUGGAUUUACAAAACAAUAAAAUCGGAGAUCAAGGUCUAGCCGACCUGUUCGACAGUCUAAAAAAAUCAACCCAGAUGCGCGUGCUCUACAUAUGGGGUAACGACUUGGGUAACGUCGCGCUAGCGAAAUUAGAACGAUGUUUUGACUCGGGGUGUUUAGUACCCGAAAACGUCGACGUGAAAAUUUAUUACGUCGACGGUGUCCGGUGUGCCGCUUUUAAUCCAAUUAACCAGUUGGCGUUAAAAAAAUACUCGAUUCAACUGUAUGGGGUGGCACCAGAAUUGAAAAUAAUUAGGAACAAAAAGGCACAUCCGGAUGCGUUGCCACGAGCUUUGCUAAAUUUCGAGUUUAUUGAUAGAUAUCCCCCUGUUGAUGAGAGUUUGGGAUUAAAGGUGAAAAAUAAGGUUGGAUAAAGAUAAUGCUGUAACUAGGCGAUUUUUAUAAGCUGUACAUAUUUUUUCAAUAUAUUUAAAAUAAUAUAUUAUCGUAAAUCUUAA